AUGCCAUUUUGGUGGGGAAGGGAAAAGAUUAGAAUAUUAGAAUUCAGAAGAAAUUCAGAAUCCCAAGAAUCCAAGAAUCCAAGAAUCCAAGAAUCCAAGGAUCUUAGAGUCCAAGAAUCCAAGAAUCCAAGGAUCUUAGAGUCCAAGAAUCCAAGAAUCCAAGAAUCCAAGAAUCCAAGAAUCCAAGAAUCCAAGAAUCCAAGAAUCCAAGAAUCCAAGAAUCCAAGAAUCCAAGAAUCCAAGAAUCCAAGGAUCUUAGAGUCCAAGAAUCCAAGAAUCCAAGGAUCUUAG